GUGUCUGUGAUCUGUGAUCUGCUACUUAACCUAUAUUGUAUAAAUUACAAAAUUACUCUAUACAUGUUAGCUUACAUGCAAUACUAUUAUUCUGAUUGAAUUAUCUAAUUAAUAUUUCUUCAUGUUUCGGCGUGAACUACAAAGAUACAACUUAUUGUUUUGAGGAUAUUAAGCUCUUAUUUCUAGCUGGUACAAGAUCGCCAUCAGGUUAUUAUGUUACUCAACAAAACCAGACUGGUGGGUUUCACGAGUCGUACUCGCAAAAGCAAUAUGGAAGGUAACUCCACGUCAGACAUUGUGAUUUUGAGCGGCAAUUCACACCCGGAAUUGGCAGACUUGAUCGCUAACCGGCUUGGUGUACAUAAAGGAGGAUGCUCAGUUUACCACAAAACAAAUCGAGAAACUGUGGUCGAAAUCGCAGAUUCCAUUCGAGGGAAAAAUAUAUAUAUUGUUCAAACUGGUGCAAAAGAGGUAAACAACAAUAUUAUGGAAUUGCUUAUAAUGGCUUAUGCUUGUAAGACAUCUUCAGCUCGGUCUAUUGUAGGUGUCAUACCAUAUUUGCCAUACAGUAAACAAUGUAAAAUGAGGAAACGUGGUUCCAUUGUCACAAAGUUGCUGGCAAAAAUGAUGUGCAAGUCAGGCCUGACACACAUUAUUACGAUGGAUCUCCACCAAAAAGAGAUACAAGGAUUUUAUGACUGUCCAGUUGAUAAUUUACGAGCUUCUCCUUUUUUGCUUCAGUACAUACAAGAGAGUAUUCCAGAUUAUCGCAACUCUGUGAUUGUCGCUCGUAAUCCAGGAUCUGCUAAGAAAGCAACAUCGUACGCAGAACGACUACGGCUCGCUAUUGCAGUUAUACAUGGGGAGCAGAAGGAAGCUGAAAGCGAUGAAGUUGAUGGGCGAUAUUCACCGCCGUGUAUACCGAGUGUUGAUAGAUCACGAACUAUGGAUGUGUCUGUUGGCGUGCCUGUACAUCCAGCUAAAGAGAAGCCGCCAAUAAAUGUGGUUGGAGAUGUAGGAGGAAGAAUAGCCAUUAUGGUGGAUGACAUGAUUGAUGACGUACAAUCCUUCGUUGCGGCGGCAGAAGUUUUGAAGGAUUGUGGAGCAUACAAAAUCUAUGUCCUCGCAACUCACGGCCUUCUUUCAUCAGAUGCACCUACUCUGAUAGAAGACUCUCCUAUUGACGAAGUAGUGGUCACUAAUACUGUUCCACAUGAAUUACAGAAAAUGAAAUGCAAUAAGAUCAAAACAAUCGACAUAUCCGUACUGUUAAGUGAAGCCAUACGACGCAUUCACAACAAGGAAUCCAUGUCGUAUUUAUUCAAAAAUGUCACACUCGAAGAUUAGUUGUAUUAAAACAAUAUGAUUUCCAUAUUUAAUAAUUUUAGGUCAUUUUGAGUAUUAUGUUCUGGUUAGGGUCUAAUAAUCCGAAGAUCUAUAAUACUGUUCAAAUUAUUUGUUUAAGAGAUAAUAUUUUCGUAUAUUUUCAUCUUAUCACCAACAUUUAGUGGAAACGUGAGUAAUAUAUCUCAGUAAUUAUGUAGUCUUAAGCUAGGUCACAUUUGUGUGUCUCUAUUGUAUUAUUCCUUGUGCAAAUUGUCCUAACAUUGUAUCUGUUAAUUGUUGAAUAAGUUAAUAUUUACUCACAAUUUCGUUGUAUCAUUAUUUUUUUUAUAAGUAUAGAGAUAUAUUAAAAUUCCUUUUCUGCAUUUAACCGCAAUUGGUCUUUUUCCCAUUAAAACAUAUAAUGUUACAAUGGAGAUAAAAUAUUUGUAUAUGAACCCAGAUAUAAAAACGGAAAUAGCCUUCAUUGUUAAUAUAAAAAUAUUUUAUUUUUUGAAAUAUAUAUUAAUCUCAAGCUUUUGUGAAUAACGUAUACUGUAUAUAUGCCGAUUUUAUUCUUAUAUAGAGCCUAGGCAUACAGCAAACUGAUAUAUGUGUUUUGAUAACAGUUUUUGCAGUAUGUACACCUAUUAA